AUGAUCCUGCUGCUCGCUUUGCUUUCUGUUCUCUGGGGAGAACGAAGUCUGUGCCUGGAGGAAUAUGGAGGCUUUACCUUUGAUGGAGACAUCCGCCAAUUUGCCGUUACUUCCAACAGGCUUUAUAUCGCCACAGAGGAGAGGCUGUACCAGCUGAGCCAUGAUCUGACUCUGAUCAACAGUCUGACCCAGAGAGGAAUCUUAAAGACCGGAAACCAACAGGAUGAUGUUCAGUUUUACCGGGUUUCUGACACAGCUGAGUGGAACGAUACUUUCAGCAUCAACGUGUUGUUGCCUUUCACAAAGAAUGACUCUCUGAUCAGCUGCGGUGUGACUGACGAUGACUGCGGUCACUGCGAGGUUCUGGACCUAAAGAACAUCUCCAAGCUUCUGUACAGAGAACACAUCCAGGUGGGACCUCUGAAGAGCAGCAACAGGUCAGUCAGCUUUCUGGUGGAUGUGAAGAAGAAAACAGAAAAUGACACGUAUAUUCUCACUGCGAUACAGAAGAAAGGGACGUUUGAAAAGAGGUGCCCUUCCGAUUCCGAAACUAUCAACCUUCAUAAUACAGAUAACAAACAGGGUGGAGGUUUAUUUUCUCUAACUGAUGGAGCUUCGGGCACGCCUAAGAUUAAAAAUAAAGGUGAUGUGGAGUUUGUUGACGGGUUUCAGAUUAAAUCAACCAUCUAUCUGUUCUCCAACGUGCUCUCAGCUCAGACAAACAGACAGCAGACUCGUGGCCUCCUCGGUCAUCCCGGGGAGCAGCCAGUGCUUUGGAGCGGCGUGUUCAGUGUGGAUGGAGGAGACACCGACACCGAGCUGAUGGUGUUUGACAUCAGCCCUGAUUACAGCAGAGCAGGGGACAGAGAUCCAGACUUCUACACCUCUGUGCCAUCAGAAGUGACGGUGACGGUCCUGAAACCAAAGGCAGUCCUCUUCAGGCACAGCUACAUGACCUCUGUGCUGGCAGUGAGGCAGAGAGGCUGGAUGGUUUUCUUCAUUGGGACAGGAGACGGGCAGCUCAUUAAGCAAGAUCUUCCAAAUACAAGCACCACUCCUCAAAUCAACUCCAGGCCUUUUAUCUACUCAACUGAUCAUCACAUGCUGUCUGUGGACAGGAAGUAUCACGCUGCCUGUCCCACGGUGCUCUACAGGACCAGUGAUGACCGCAAAGUGAUUCCCAAAUUACAUCUGGAUCCAGUGGAUCGUAAACAUGUGUAUGUGCCAUUUAGAAACCAGAUGAAGCGAGUUCCUGUGUCAAAGUGCAGCACGUACACAAAUGUGCAGGAGUGUUGGUCUGCACAGGAUGCAUACUGUGGUUGGUGUGGCUCUAAAAGCAGCUGCACAUUUGAAGAUGACUGCACAGAUUCAGACUGGCUGUCCAUUCCUGAUGAGUCCCAACACAAAAUGAUUUCCCACAAAGUUGAAAAGGACACAAAUGGGCAGAUUUUACUGAAACUCCACACACACCUGACUGUGGGCCAAGAAGUGUCAUCUAACUUUACCUGUCAGUUCGCUGCAAGGUCCAGCUCAAUUUGUGCUCCGAAUAACCCUCCUCCACAGUUCCCACAAUGCACCUGCAUCCUGUCUGAUCGUACACUUCCUGCUGAUGGUCUGCAUGUCACAGUGAAAUUUAGGCUUGGUUCAACACAACUGUCAGAACAGCUGAGGUUGACCAACUGCUCUGACAUCAGUGGACCACCAAGUUCAGUCUUGUGUCAGCAGUGCAUCAAAGCUGGUUGUAGAUGGAACAUAAACAGAUGUUCCUGGGCCGAUCAAACAGAGAUCAAUGACAGUGUUUGCCAAAAUGUGCAGUCUGGGAAGAACUUCUCUAUCCCAGAGAUCUCCUCCAUCACUCCCAGUGUGGUGUCUUUCUACGGUAGAAACCACGCAGUGCUGUCAGGUCGUAACCUCGAUGAUGUGACUGCAGUGAGGAUCCAGGCAGAUACUGACUGUGCUCCAAAAGAAUCUCCUGUUUGGGACAACACUGGUUUCAGUCUGAUGUUCCACAUUCCCACUUCAGAUAUCAAAGGUGUGGUCAGGGUAUGUCUUCUCCUCCCAGAUGGUCGUUGCCAUGGCAAAGCUAAAAUCACUUACAGCUCAUUACCAUCAUGCACCAACAUUACUCCCAGCAGCAGCUGGAUCAGUGGGAAGAGGAAGAUCACACUCAUGGGGUCUCACCUUAACUUUGUUGAAGGGGUCGUCCACAGCCACGCAAUGCAGGAUGUCAGACUUCCCAGAAACAUCAGCUCUCAGUACCUCACCUAUGAUUCACCUGCAGCUAGGAGUUUUUCUAGCAGCACUCUGUUUGUGAAACUAGCCAAUGAAACCUUAGCCUGCUCCACAAAACUCUCCUACGUUCCAGACCCUGAGUUUACCAGCUUCACAGUUAUAAGGACAGGGGAAGAUGUGCGCAUCACCAUUCAGAAAAAAGCAGACAACCUGGAAAUGAUGAUAGAAGAGUUAUCAGUGUGGGGCGUUCAAGACGAUACAAAAUACCAGUGCAUCAUGGAAGCCAAAGAAACCUGGACCAACACUGACUUUUUCACCUGUGGAUUUAAAAGCCCAUCCAACCAUGAAUUUAAGGAGUUACUGAUAAAGUAUGGUGACAGGACAGUAAGUCUUGGGCUUGAGUCCCAGUUACACAAAGCCCUUCAGAUAUUGCGUUUCAUGCUGAUACCCUGUGUUAUUGCAGUCUUGGUGAUUAUCUAUUUCUGGCAGAAGAGACUCACCGUUGAGAUGAAUAAGCUCUGACCACUGACCAGCCUGAGUGUUCUUGGGAAAAAGUUUGUCUUAGGACAGGCAUUGUAAAGCUUCCUGCAGAGUUUGCUUUGUUUUAUUUUUUCUUUCUCUCUUUACGAUUUUAAUUAUACUGCAAAUGUGUUUUAACUGAAAUCAUAUUAUCAGGACACAAAUAACAAAUUAUUUCUUCUGUUGUAUCCUUUAUCUUUUGCAUAUUUAGUGUAACAGGUUUUAAAUGUGAUGU